AAACUUCACCCUGCGUUCGGCGUUCUGCAAGAAAAGCCCAAAUUACCAAAACGACCCUGCAUUCCUGGCUCCUCUCGCAGCUCCCAGAGCGGAAGGGAGAAAGGGAAGAGCGCCGCCCAGGACAGGGGAGACGGGAGACCAACUUACCACUAAUCGCUGCUCGCGACGGCCAGUCUGUGCAGGGAUCGGUCUCGCCUGGGGGGUUCCGCCGUGCGCGCUUCUCGCGUCAGUUGCUGCUCUCGCCGCCGCACCCGCAGUUUUGCUUGAUCCUGCGGCCCUCUCCCUCCCCUGUUUCAAGGGCCAGCCGUGGUUUCUUGAGCACAUUUGUUUGUCCUCUGCGGGAGUUUAUCAAUGUCGGCAGGAGCCACCUUAAGCUGGAUAAAAAUCCCAUUUGAGACCAGGAGAUUUCAUGACUUCUCUAGUUUAAGUUUUCGAUGCCGAAACCCUUUGGGAUCAAUGCAGCCUUGCUGGUUGGCAACUGAUCAGGACUCAUCCCUAACCAAGGUUCGUGUAGCUGCAGAUUAUUCAGACUCAGUUCCAGAUUCAAAGUACACGAGAGAUCGGGGUUAUCAUCCUCUCGAAGAAGUUAAAGAACGUCCAAAGAAGAAGGACUUGUUGCUGACAGAUGUCGAAACAGCUAGAACAGUAGUAGAGGCCAACAGCAAGGGGUUGCUUGUAUUUCCUGCAAGGGUGCACAAUGAACCUCAUGGACAUGUUGCCUGGUCAGAGUUUCAAUAUGUUGUUGAUGACUAUGGAGACAUUUUCUUUGAAGUACCUGACAGCGAGAACAUCUUGGAAGAUGAUGCUGCGAACAACCCUGUGACAGUUUUGAUUGGAAUGGACGGACCCAUUAUUGGAGAGACUAGUGUGGUGAUUAGCGAUUUUACUGAUUACAUGGAUGUUGAAAGUUUUAUGGACAUGCCUGAUGAGCACUAUAGCAAGAUUGAUACAGAAAUAACUGAUAUUCUUAUAGAAUGGGGGAUGCCAGCAACAAUGCGUGCAAUACAUCCGAUUUAUUUUGCCAAAUGUUUGACAAAGGCUAUUCAUGAUAAUCAUGGGGGGAAGAUGGAUAGCCCUUCAAAUGGUGUCUCUAUUGUAGGAUAUCUGAGACCUGCUUUUAUAGAGGAAGAAUCUUACUUGAGGAGCUUAUUUCAUGGUGAAUUUAACAGCGAUGAUGAAUACAACAGAGAGACUCGGCCAGUUUCUGGAACCAAUCGCCUAAUUGAUGAUGAUAAGUCAAGAUUUGACUUCGAUCAUGCCGGAACUAGCACAGAUUCAAUGAUCUACAAGCUGGAGAUAAUGAUUAUUGAGCUGUUUUCCAUCUAUGGGAAGCAGCUGACGAUCGAUCCACAAGAUUUUCAAGAUGCAGAACCAGAUAUUCUAGCAAAUUCUGCAUCAGCAAUUAUAGAACGGAUCAAAGAAAACAGUGAUCAGUGUGCAAUGGCUCUGAAGUCACUCUGUCGUAGGAAAAAGAACCUUACUGUCGAGGAAGCAAGCUUGAUUGGCAUUGACAGUCUUGGUAUUGAUGUAAGAGCCUUUUCUGGCUUGGAAGCUAGGACUGUUCGAUUUUCAUUUAAUGCACAGGCACUUUCUGAACGUUCAGCUGAAAAGAAGACCAGGCGAAUGCUUUUUCCCCGUUAUCAACGUAAAAGCCCGAAAACCUCCACUGAAGAUGAAUGUUGACUUGUCAGAGUUGUCUGAUUUUCCUUGAAACAAUUAAAGCACCUGCCCCAGAGGUGAGGGUGUAAAGGGAAUCAACACAAGAUCUCUGAUUCGAUCUAAUGCGAGUUUGGUAGGAGAUGAUGCACACCUGUUGACUAUGAAAAAAAUGGCCUGGUCUUUCGAAAAGGACCAUGAGAAUGACCUCAAGGAUCAGAGUGCUCGAUCGAGUUUUUGGCUUCAACGGUGAAGGUUAAUUGCGUAUGGUUUCUAACAUGCCUUCAAAAAUAAAGUUUGGUUUAUAACAAAUAAGAAACAAAUAAGGUGCCGGCUCUUGUAAAAGGUGCAUCGUUGAAUGCGUUGCAAUCUGAUGCCGGCGGCAAUCUGCAACUGACCAAGUUUCGUCAGGUAUAAAUUCCCAGUAAUAACAAGCCGCAAGAAGAAAGGGCGAAUUAAUAAGAUCUCUUUGGCCUGAAUCAGUUUCUUUUACCUCAACUUGUAACUAACUUAUUGUCAUUUCUUUCGUGCCUGAAUAAGUGUGACACUUCUGUGAUUACCAACAGAAAUGAAAUUUUAACAAGUGUCUCGUGCCUUUUUCUCGGCUGAA